GAGGCGCUCCUGGAAGCCUGCCCCCUCCAGCUGUCUGCAAGGGGUCUGGUCCCAAGCUUUAAAACCCCGGGCCCGGGCACUGCAUCCCGACCUCUCCUCUCCCAGCCGCAGCCGUAUCCCGACCUCUCCUCUCCGGGCCAGUCCUGGCUGGCUUUUCAAAAGCGUGCAAUUGUCUCCUCCCGCCCAGCCCCAUCCUCGCCCAGGACCAGCUGUGCGGCGGCAGCUUCACUUAGGACUCGAUUUGAUCCGUGGCUGCAGCAGAACGCGCGCUUGCUCACCAUUUAAGCACCUUUCAGCUUUCUGCUCAGCUCCCGGAGCCGCUUUGCAAAGUCGGGCAGCUCCAAGUGCACGCUUUGCCUCUGGACUUCUCCCGCCCGCGUCCCCAGCACCCCCGCCUCCUACGCUCCCUUCCACCAGGAGCAGCGCGUCCCAGCGGGCUGGCAGCUUGCACCCUUUUCCGGUCCUCCUCCCCAAAGCGUGACCAUGCUGGUAAGAAGCGUCCUCCUGGCGGUGCAAGCCGUGCAGCUUGUGGGUGCCCUGGACCUACCCGAUGGGUCCUGCACCUUUGAAGAGAGCACCUGUGGAUUUGACUCGGUGUUCGAGUUCCUGCCCUGGAUUUUAAAUGAGGAAGGCCAUUACAUUUAUGUGGACACAUCCUUUGCCAAGCGAGGGGAGAAGGCCCUGCUGCUAAGUUCUGACCUACAGGCCGAGGAAUGGAGCUGCCUCAGAUUGGUCUACCAGAUAGCUGCGCCUUCAGGGUCUCCACCAGAUCCCAGCAGGCUGAACCUCUAUGUGAGAUUUGAAGAUGAAAGCUUUGAUCGCUGGCGUUGGUCGGCUACGGAACCUUCAGACAGCUGGCUCAUAGCCAGCUUGGAUUUACAAAACAGUGCUAAGAAAUUCAAGAUUUUAAUAGAAGGUGUGCUGGGACAGGGAAACACAGCCAGCAUUGCUCUCUUUGAAAUCAAGAUGACAACUGGCUACUGUAUUGAGUGUGACUUUGAAGAAAAUCAUCUCUGUGGCUUUGUGAACCGCUGGAACCCCAAUGUGAACUGGUUCGUUGGAGGAGGAAAUAUCCGGAAUUCCCACUCCAUCCUCCCACAAGAUCAUACCCUCAGGAGUGAACUGGGCCAUUACAUGUAUGUGGACUCAGUUUACAUCAAGCACUUCCAGGAGGUGGCCCAGCUCAUCUCCCCAAUGACCACGGCCCCCAUGUCCGGCUGCCUGUCAUUUUAUUACCAAGUCCAGCAGGAGAAUGACAAUGUCUUCUCCCUCUAUACUCGGGAUGCAGCCGGCGUCUAUGAGGAGAUCUGGAAAAUGAGCAGCCCAGGGAAUGCUGCCUGGAACCUGGCUGAGGUGGAGUUCAGUGCUCCGUACCCCAUGGAGGUUAUUUUUGAAGUUGCUUUCAAUGGCCCCAAAGGAGGGCAUGUUGCCCUGGAUGAUAUUUCUUUCUCUCCUGUCCAUUGCCAGAAUCAGACAGGGCUUCCUUUCAGUGCCAUAGAAGCAAGCUGCAAUUUUGAGAGAGACCUCUGCAACUUCUACCAAGAUAAAGAAGGUCCAGGCUGGACUCGAGUGAAAGUAAAACCAAAUAUGUACCGGGCUGGAGACCACACUUCAGGCACAGGGUAUUACCUGCUGGCCAACACAAAGUUUACAUCUCAGCCAGGUUACAUUGGACGACUCUAUGGCCCCUCCCUGCCAGGAAAUUUGCAGUAUUGUCUGCGGUUUUUUUACGCCAUCUAUGGGUUUUUAAAAAUGCGAGACACCCUUGCAGUUUACAUCUUUGAGGAGAACCAUGUGGUUCAAGAGAAGAUCUGGUCUGUGCUGGAGUCCCCACGGGGUGUUUGGAUGCAAGCCGAAAUCACCUUUAAGAAGCCCAUGCCUGCCAAGGUAGUUUUCAUGAGCCUAUGCAAAAGCUUUUGGGACUGUGGACUUGUAGCCCUAGAUGACAUUACAAUAGAAUUGGGAAGCUGCUGGUCUCCAGAGAAGCUCCCACCUCCACCUGGAGAGUGUACUUUUGAACAAGAUGAAUGUGCCUUUACUCAGGAGAGAAGAAACCGGAGCAGCUGGCACAGGAGGAGGGGGGAAACUCCCACCUCCUACACAGGACCAAAGGGAGACCACACUACUGGGGUAGGUUACUACAUGUACAUUGAGGCCUCCCACAUGGUGUACGGACAGAAAGCACACCUCUCGUCCAGGCCUCUGAGGGGAGUCAUUGGAAAACACUGCUUGACCUUUUUCUACCACAUGUAUGGAGCAGGGACUGGCCUGCUGAGCAUUUAUUUGAAAAAGGAAGGUGACAGUGAAGAGUCCCUCUUAUGGAGAAGAGGAGGUGAGCAGAGCAUUUCCUGGAUGCGAGCACUGAUUGAAUACAGCUGUGAAAGGCAACACAAGGUAAUUUUUGAAGCCAUUCGGGGAGUGUCAAUAAGAAGUGAUAUUGCCAUUGAUGAUGUUAAAUUUCAAGCAGGACCCUGUGCAGAAAUGGAAGAUACAACUCAGCAAUCAUCAGGAUAUUCUGAGGAUUUAAAUGAAAUUGAGUUUUAAGAAAUGAUCUGAAUUGGAUUAACUGAA